UUUCUCUCUCUCAAACUCAAACCUAAACCCAAAACGCCGAAGAAAAAAAUUAGAGAGAGCGCCAAUUUAAUUCUUAUAAUUCUUACUCUCUUCCUAUUCAAACCCCAAAUUAAACCGUUAUAAACAUCUAAAAUAACCGAAUCAUUCCCGCCAUGGUGGCUCAGCAGCAAGACCAUCAUCAUCAGCCGCCUUCUUCAGAGGCUGUUGACAUUCAAAACACUCAGUCUUUAAUCUCAGCGCUUAGUUUGGUCUCUCGUGACCUCCCGCUCCCUCCUCAGUUAUUUAACUCCGUCUUCUCCAUCUAUUCUGAUCCCCAAAUUGCCCCUCAUAACGGUUCUAAUGGAUUGCGAGAUGAAAGUGGAAUCCCCAUUGUAGGGGAUUUAAUGAGUGAAUUUGAGGAGGCGUUGGCGAAGCAAAGGAGUAGUUGCAUGUCGGGUUCUUUACUUUGUGAAUCGAGGGAAAAACGAUAUCAAGGCCAUACUAAGCAUCGCUUAAAUGAACUCGAAGAACUUCCUUCAACCAGAGGUGAGGACCUUCAGACGAAGUGCUUACUUGAGCUAUAUGGACUGAAGCUAGCGGAGUUGCAGAGUAAAGUGCGGACAGAAGUGAGUUCAGAGUAUUGGCUUCGCCUAAAUUGUGCAUCUCCUGAUAAGCAGUUGUUUGAUUGGGGUAUGAUGAGACUGCGCCGUCCUUCAUAUGGUGUAGGAGACGCUUUUGCCUCAGAAGCUGAUGAUCAGUUCAGAAAAAAACGGGAUGCAGAGAGGCUGUCAAGGUUAGAAGAAGAAGAAAGAAACCGUAUAGAGAGUAAGAAAAGAAAGUUCUUUGCAGAGAUAAUUAAUACACUCCGGGAGUUCCAACUGCAAGCUCAGGCUUCUCUUAAACGAAGGAAGCAAAGGAAUGAUUGGAUCCAGCAUUGGCAUGGAAGGCAAAGACAGCGUGCUACUCGGGCUGAAAAACUGAGGAUCCAAGCCCUGAGGAAUGACAAUGACGAAGAUUAUUUGAGAUUGGUGAAGGAGAGCAAGAAUGAACGACUUACAACACUUCUUGAAGAAACAAAUAAACUUCUUGUUAAUUUGGGGGCUGCUGUUCAGCGUCAGAAAGAUGCAAAGUAUUCAGAUGGCAUUGAACCCUUAGAAAUCCCGGAAGCUGUAUCAGAAAGCUUAGGGGAUACACCCACCGAGGACGAUGCAGACAUCAUCGAUUCUGAUCGUAAUGAUGACAGUAAUGAUUUACUUAAAGGGCAGCGACAAUAUAACUCGGCCAUUCAUUCAAUUGAGGAGAAGGUAACUGAGCAGCCUGCCAUGCUUCAAGGUGGGACUUUAAGACCGUAUCAGUUAGAAGGGCUUCAAUGGAUGUUAUCUUUGUUCAACAACAAUUUAAAUGGAAUUUUAGCUGAUGAGAUGGGGUUGGGGAAAACAAUACAAACGAUUUCGUUGAUAGCGUAUCUGAAGGAGAAAAAAGGUAUCCGUGGACCACACUUGAUAGUCGCUCCAAAGGCUGUACUACCCAAUUGGAUUAAUGAGUUCUCAACAUGGAUUUCUGAGGAUGAGAUUAAAGCAGUUCUUUAUGAUGGACGUCAAGAGGAGAGAAAGGCUUUAAGAGAACAGUUGUCAAAAUACAACAACUUUGAUGUGGUUAUCACACACUAUGACCUAAUCAUGAGAGAUAGAAAAUUUCUGAAAAAGAUUAUGUGGCGCUACAUGAUUGUUGAUGAAGGGCAUCGAUUGAAAAAUCAUGACUGUGCACUUUCAAAAAUUCUCGAGUCUGGAAGCUACCAGAUUGAACGGAGACUUCUACUAACUGGAACUCCAAUACAGAACAGCUUACAUGAACUUUGGUCGCUACUCAACUUUCUCCUUCCAAAUAUUUUCAAUUCGGUCGAUAACUUCGGGGACUGGUUCAAUGCUCCUUUUGCAGACAAGGUUGCUCUUAGUGGUGAAGAAGAAAUGCUGAUAAUUCGACGUUUGCAUCAAGUUGUCAGGCCAUUUAUUUUGAGAAGGAAAAAAAAUGAGGUGGAGAAAUUCCUUCCUGGGAAAUCUCAGGUCAUACUGAAGUGUGACAUGUCAGCAUGGCAGAAAGUUUAUUACCAACAAGUUACAGAGAUAGGCAGAGUUGGAUUAGGCUCUGGGAAAUCAAAAAGUCUACAGAAUCUGACGAUGCAGCUCAGAAAGUGUUGCAACCACCCAUACCUUUUUGUCGGAGACUACAAUAUGUGGCGGAGAGAUGAAAUCAUUAGAGCAGCAGGAAAGUUUGAACUUCUUGAUCGUUUACUCCCAAAACUUCGAGCAACAAAUCAUAGAGUUCUGCUUUUCUCACAAAUGACCCGUCUAAUGGACAUUCUCGAAAUUUACUUGCAACUACAUGAUUAUAAGUAUCUGAGACUCGAUGGCUCGACCAAAACGGAGGAAAGAGGGACGUUACUAAAGCAAUUCAAUGCUCCAGACUCUCCUUAUUUCAUGUUUCUAUUGAGCACGCGUGCUGGAGGACUUGGCUUGAAUUUACAAACGGCUGAUACUGUAAUAAUAUUUGAUAGUGAUUGGAACCCUCAGAUGGACCAACAAGCAGAGGAUCGCGCACAUCGUAUUGGACAAAAGAAGGAAGUUAAGGUAUUCGUGUUGGUUAGCGUUGGAUCAAUAGAGGAGGUAAUUUUGGAGCGUGCAAAACAGAAGAAGGGCAUUGACGCAAAGGUUAUCCAGGCUGGACUGUUUAACACAACUUCCACAGCUAAGGACAGAAGAGAAUUGUUAGAGGAGAUCAUGCGCAAAGGAUCAAGUUCUCUUGGAAAUGAUGUGCCAAGCGAGAGAGAAAUUAACCGCCUUGCUGCCCGGUCAAAGGAAGAGUUUGAGAUCUUUGAAAAGAUGGAUAGAGAGAGACGGAAGAAAGAGAAUUAUAAAUCGCGUCUCAUGGAAGAACGCGAGGUACCAGAAUGGGCUUAUAAAACUCCUGAUAAGGAAAAAAAAGGUUUUGAUCCAAAUAAUACGGCAGUUUUGGGAAAACGCAGAAGAAAGGAGGUCACUUAUGCUGAUACGUUAAGUGAUUUACAAUGGAUGAAAGCCGUAGAAAGCGGACAGGACAUAUCGAAGUUUUCAACUAAGGGAAGAAGACCAGAAGAACUUCCUCCACUGGAUGGAAACGAUUCGUAUAAUAACAGUGGUGGAACAGAAAUAAAGGAUUCGGAAAUAAAGAAUGAAACAAUGCCUGCUGCGAGCGAGGGAACAAGCGAAGAAGAUACGAUUGGUUCCGACACAAAGCGAUUUAAGCCUGAUGGAGUUUUAGCUGAAACAUUUAAAUAUCAGAGUGUAGAAAAAUCUGAAAAUCAAGCUGUUAGAGGAAGCAAUUGGAAUGGGCACAUAUUUAUGUGGAAUGCUCAUAAGAAGAAAAGAUCUAGCCAUCCUCUUCAGAGUUCAUCAUCUGAUUCUAAAGGCCAGAACUCUAACGGAAGAGGAAAUCGUUGGGUGUGAUGUUAUCGACCAACAGAAAGAUUUAUGAUCCCCUGCCACCUUAUUAAAUUUUUUGCUGAUGUUUGGCGCAAGGUUUCAAUGAAGUUGUGGCUGGCGGCCUGUGAAGUUACCUCAACUGGUUACUGGAUUAUCAUGCACACUACAUUCCGAUAUAGCAUUUUUUGCAGCUCGCCUCGUGCGUAUCAGCUAGCUGCCUGUGUAUCAUUAUCGAAAUUCAUAAAAUUCGCCCUGUUUUAUUUUGACCGGCUUUCCUGUAUGGACUGAUUUAGAUGCUCAGGGGUAUGCAAAGCUAUUAACAACUUCUAUUGGUAGUAUUUGACAUCUUAGAAAUCAAUAGAUAUCUUUUGCUCUUUUA